AUGGAGCCGCAGUGGAACUACUCCACAUCAGCCCAGUGGGCGGCCAAUGUGUCCAUCUCACUACCUUCUGAGGGAGGAGCUCUGUCCCAGUCAUUAGCCCUGUUGGCCAUGCUCCUAAUGGACUUGCUGGCUGUGAUAGGUAACGCAGCUGUCAUGGUCGUCAUUGCCAAGGCACCACAGCUCCGAAAGUUUGCCUUCGUCUUCCACCUGUGCCUCGUGGACUUGCUGGCGGCGCUGGUGUUGAUGCCUCUGGGCAUGCUCUCGAGUCGAGCCUUCUUUGGAGAUGCGCUGUGUCGGAGCUACCUCUUCCUAAGCGUCUGUUUUGUCAGUGCCGCCAUUCUCUCCAUCUCUGCCAUCAACGUGGAGAGGUAUUACUAUAUUGUACAUCCAAUGCGCUAUGAAGUCAAAAUGACUCUGGGUCUGGUAGGUUCAGUGCUAGCCGGAAUCUGGGUGAAAGCUCUAGCCAUGUCAGCCCUGCCUCUACUGGCCUGGGCCUUCCAGGGCGGAAAGAGCCCGCUUCUGGAGGGAGGAGGUGGUGGGGUUAGCGGGGGUGUAGCAGCAUCCCCUACUCAGGGACACAGACGUUGCUCACUACACUGGACAGGAGGUGGGACCAAUCGCUUGGCCUUCAUGGUACUCUUCACCGUGGUAUACUUUCUAUGCCCACUUCUUGUUAUCCUGGUGGUGUACUGCAGUAUGUUCAAAGUGGCAAGGGUCGCAGCCAUGCACCACGGACCGCUGCCCACCUGGAUGGACACACCGCGACGCCAGCGCUCCGAAUCCCUCAGUAGUCGUUCCACCAUGGUGACCAGCUCUGGGACGGGCACAGGAACAGUGGCCGGCCGGGGCACUCCACAACGACCUUUCGGCGGAGGCAAGGCAGCAGCGGUGCUUGUCGCUGUAGGUGGGCAGUUUCUCUUCUGCUGGCUACCUUAUUUCUCCUUCCACCUGUACUCAGCGCUGGCCUCAGCUCAGCCUUCGACACUUGCCCCUCUAGAGGAUGUGGUCACGUGGAUUGGUUACUUCUGCUUCACCUCGAACCCUUUCUUCUAUGGCUGCCUGAACCGACAGAUCAGGGAAGAGCUGGGCAAGCACCUUCCCUGUCUUUUCCGUCGGCCAGCCGGCGAGGACGAGGAUAGGCUACCCAGUAGAGAAGGUUCGAUUGAAGAGAACUUCAUGCAGUUCCUCCAGGGCACGGGCUGCAAUCUGGAGCCCCAGGACUCACAAAGCACCUCCAGCCCCAAGGGUGAGCCUCAUCGGCCCGUAGGCCAUGCCCAGUCCCAGCCCACCCACCCUCAGCAGCAGCAGCCUAUUCCCAUUGACUUCCGCAUUCCCGGACAGAUUGCAGAGGAGACAUCAGAGUUCUUAGAGCAACACCAGAUAAAAAAUAAUCUUAUCGUCUCGGACAGCUGA